UUUCGUCAUGUUGGGGUUGGGAAUCGGGAAGCUGUUUCCUAUAGAAGUCGUGGGAGGAAAUACAGACGACGUACAGUAUUCCAUGUCUUAAAGCUCACAAACCAAUUUGGAAGAGCUACUGGGGGAGGGAGAAAGGAGAAAAUUGUUCGAAAACCCACAAUGUCACUGGGUUAUGCUGAGAAACUUUCUUACAGAGAAGAUGUUGGCACAGUUGGAAUGUCUGAGUUUUUCGACCCACCUGGUGUCUUACAAGAAAAAAUUGAAGAGUUAGCAAUGAUGAUAAAAACGAGUAAGCAUCUAGUAGCAUUUACAGGGGCAGGAAUAUCAACUUCUUGUGGUAUACCUGAUUUCCGAGGUCCCAAGGGAGUUUGGACGCUUCAGCGUGAAGGCAAAGGUGUGCCUGAAGCAUCACUACCAUUUCACCGUGCAGUUCCAAGUUUGACUCACAUGGCUCUGGUUGAGCUAGAGAAGGCUGGUAUCUUGAAGUUUGUUAUAAGUCAGAACGUGGAUAGUCUCCAUCUUCGAUCUGGAAUACCGAGGGAGAAACUUGCUGAAUUACAUGGGAAUUCCUUCCGGGAACUUUGCCCUUCUUGUGGAGCAGAGUAUUUGCGGGAUUUUGAGGUGGAGACUAUUGGGAUGAAAGAGACAUCCAGACGUUGUUCUGAUGUAAAAUGUGGAGCAAAACUCAAGGACACAGUUCUUGAUUGGGAGGAUGCGUUGCCAGCUAAGGAAAUGAAUCCAGCAGAGAAGCAUUGUAGGAUGGCUGAUGUUGUUUUGUGCUUAGGUACCAGUUUGCAGAUCACUCCUGCAUGCAAUUUGCCUUUGAAAUCUCUCCGUGGUGGGGGAAGGAUUGUAAUCGUAAAUCUUCAGCAAACUCCAAAGGACAAGAAAGCAAGUUUGGUAAUCCAUGGGUUUGUGGAUCAGGUAAUAUCAGGUGCCAUCCACUUUCUUAAUCUGCACAUUCCUCCGUUCGUAAGAAUUGAUCUUGUGCAGAUCAGUCUCUCACAAAUCCCCAGAAGUAUGGGGAACAAAUACAUCAAAUGGACCUUGAGAAUAUCUAGCAUACAUGGACAGAAAGCCCCAUUGCCAUUCCUCAAAUCAGUUGAGGUAUCCUUUUCAGAUAGGACGGAUCUAAAAACAGCCAUUCUACAUAAGCAACCAUUUCAGCUAAAAAGAGAGACGGUGAGGACGAGGCCAUUUAAAUUGGUGUUGACACUCAAUUUUGGAGAUGGUUGUGGUUCUCCAUGCACUAGAAUUGAGUUCCCUGUUGACUUUGAGGUUUCGACAGACAGUUUCAAUCAUGGGAAGGAUGCUGUCUCACAGAAGCUGAGGGACAUAGCAAUCCAAGACUUAUAUUGUGGGCAGUAUGCAGCUGUUGAGAGGAAGGCCCUGCUGGAUCCAAGAACCGAAGUCACUGUCUAUGCCCUUGCAACCAAUGUUGUCAGAUACAACUGCCUUCAGGCAACCUCCAAAGCAUUUGAAAGCGUUCCUAGGUGUGAUGCAAAUGGGAUGAAAAGACACACUGAAGGUAUGAAUGUGAUGGAAGCAUCUCCAAAGAGACCAAAAGGGUUUGACUGUUAGUUUUAGUUAGCUGCUUUUGUUUUCUUAGUCUAUUCUACUGAUUACUAGGAGGGUAGAUGUUUGGGUUCUGUAGAUAUUUUAAACUUAAAAGGAGUAUAUGAUGAAUCGGGUUGCAUAGAUGUUUUAUAGUUAUAGAACUCAUGGUCAUGUAUGAAGUGGCUGGGUGAAUUUUGCAUUGUACACUCAGUCUCCCCAACUGUGAAUAUGUAAGUGGGGAAGCAUGGUUGCUCUGUCUGCAGUUUGUAAAUUCUCAGCAGCUCUGGAGAUCAUACUCAUAGAAUGAGUCUGUAGGAUUUGCAGUUCAUGGGAUUCUGAACUUGGGUAAGUGGGGGAUUUAUUGGCGGUUUUGAUGUAUUCAAGUUUCAACUGCUUUUGAUCUUUCUACUCUUGCAAUGACAUUUCUUUUAGAGGAAUCAAAUGAUACAUUGUG